CGGAUAAGAAAAAAAAAAAAAAAAGGUUGGAGGGGUCUCUCUGGUUUUGUGUGGGAUAGAGAUAGUUUUUGGGUGUUAUAAUAAAGGAGAAGGAGCGUCGAAGCAAAUAACAUUAGACUAAGAUUUUUUACAGACGAGAGCGUCAGAGAGAGAAAAACAAAAACUUUUUAAUGGAAGAGACAACGAAGCAGAACAACAACACCAACAGCAACAAGAAGAAGAAGGUUGUUGUUAAUACCGAUGAUUCCAAGAAGAAGGAGCGUCAUAUUGUUACUUGGACUCCUGAGGAAGAUGAUAUACUAAGGAAGCAUAUCAGUGUACAUGGAACUGAAAAUUGGGCGAUCAUUGCAUCCAAGUUUACUGAUAAGAGCACAAGGCAGUGUAGACGAAGAUGGUAUACUUACUUAAACUCUGAUUUCAAGAGAGGAGGUUGGUCCCCUGAAGAAGAUACACUUUUGUGUGAGGCACAGAGAUUGUUUGGGAAUAGGUGGACUGAGAUUGCAAAAGUGGUCUCAGGCAGAACGGAUAAUGCUGUGAAGAACAGGUUUACAACACUGUGCAAGAAGAGAGCUAAGUAUGAAGCCAUGGCUAAAGAGAACAGUAUUGGGUGUUGUGUAAACUCUAACAACAAGAGAUUGUUGUUCCCAGAUGGUAUUAGUACACCACGAAAAGCUGAAAGUGAAUCUCCUCUUACUAAAAAAAUGAGGAAAAGUCACAUUCCAAAUCUUACAGAGAUCAAGAGCUAUGGGGAUAGAUCACAUAUAAAGGUUGAAUCGGCUAUGAAUCAACAGAGUAGACCUCCAUUUUCUGUAGUAGCCCACAAUGCCACAGGUAUUGAUGGCACAAAAGAGCAGAAACAAACAGGCAAUGCCAAAGAGAGUGAUGGUGGGGAUAAAGGUACCCAAGAGGUGUUUCUUAAGAAGGAUGAUUCAAAGGUGACAGCUUUGAUGCAACAAGUGGAGCUUCUCAGUUCAUUGGCACAGAAAGUUAAUGCAGACGACACAGAUCAAAGCAUGGAUAAUGCCUGGAAGGUCCUACAGGAUUACUUGAAUAAAAGCAAAGAAAAUGAUUUAUUCAGAUAUGGAAUCCCAGAUAUCGAUUUCCAACUCGAGGAAUUCAAAGAUCUUGUUGAGGACUUGAGGAGUAGUAAUGAAGAUAGUCAAACAUCUUGGAGGCAACCUGAUCUCCAUGAUUCACCAGCAAGCUCUGAAUAUAGCUCAGGAUCAACUGUCAUGCAGCAUUCUUCUGGUGAUAAAACCCAACAACCCAUGUCUGAUACUCAGACAACAUUGCAGAAACAAGAUGAGGGGGAGUUACUACAAGCUAAAGGGAUUGUGUCUGAUGCAACGGUAGAACAAGUGGAUUUACUCACAACAUGUCAGGAUGUUCUAAAGAACCCUAAUGAGAUUGUGCCCAUGACGUGUGACGAAGAGUUUAACUCCCCUGUCCAAGUCACUCCUUUGUUCAGAUCUUUAGCAGCAGGCAUUCCAAGCCCACAAUUCUCUGAAAGUGAGAGGAGCUUUCUGCUAAAAACACUUGGUGUCGAGUCCCCAUGUCCAUGUCCAAGUGCUAAUCCUUCACAACCACCUCCUUGCAAAAGAGUCCUUCUCGAUAGCUUGUAAACCAGACCAAAACCAGUCCCUCUAAACCAAAAAAAAUACCAUCCCUAAAACCGCAGUUAUGUCCUCAUGGAGGUGGACAUAACUUGCAUUUCAUCCCUCUUUUUGCUUAGAUUUUUCUUCUUCAUAGAUUUGCAGCCAUAUCGGCCUGAAAAGUUUUAGUGAAGCGGGCGUGCCAUGAUCUGCAUUGUUUCUUACCUUCCCCCUCAGUGUUUAUAAUCUAGAAUCCUAGAAUGUUAAAGGUAACAUUUCUAAGUCUAGACCCAUCUCAGAAACUGAGUUUCUCUCUCAGAUACUCAGGGAUUCCCAAUAUUUGCUCACUCAUUAGGAGAGUUUUCUUUUCAUCAUCAUACUCAAAAGCCAUUUUCAUAAAAAGGCUUAAAAGUAUGAGUUUUUUCUUCCAUUCAUGAUUUGUGUGUCUAAGAAAAAUUCUUUCGUUAUUUGUCCUCCCUCUUUCAAAGGUCAGACCCAGAUACAUAAUCCGGGUCUUUCCUCCUCCCAUGAAUUCUUGAUUUGUUGUUUUCGUAAUUCUCUGUACAGAACCUAAUAUUGUUUACAUAAAAAAAAAAUAGAGCUUUUGUUUCA